AUGGAUAAGAUCUAUGGAAAAAUGUAUAUAAUGUCGAUAAAUUGCGGAGGCGAAUACAUCGAGGAAUCUGUGCUCCAGGGUCAAGGAGACCUGGAUGGACCUGAAAAGAUCAAUACCAGCCACUCCUCUAGGGGCCCAUCGACUGCAGCAUCACGUGGGGCAGAGCUUGAGAUUUCAGCCUUUGAGCGCCGCACUGUUAGUGGUAGCGUCGUCAUUUGCCCUUACAUCAAAGCGCCCCAA